AUGCUUUACUGGAACACCUUCAAGGUUACACACCGUGUUGAAACAGGCUCCCCGGCAAUGGAAGUCCUUUUCACGCCGCUGACUGAAACUCUUACAUGGGCUACUGGAAGCACCAUAUCCAUUUGUAGCGGCUCCUCUACAGAAGUCCAAAAAAGGCUUACCAGAUGCAAAGAGGACAUUACGUGCAUCGCAUACAGAUCAGAUGGGCGACUACUACUUUCUGGCUGUGUCUCUGGAUUAAUGCAGCUGCAUGAUGUGAAGAGCCGAUCAAUAAUGCGGACACUUUCAGGACAUACACGAGCUGUCACGGCGAUUUCUUUUCUAGGAAACAGCGGGCGUGCGAUUUCUGCCUCAGAAGAUAUGACAGUGGGAUUGUGGGACAUCCUUGGUGAAAAGAUGCUUUCCCGUUUUGAAGGUCAUACGGAUUAUGUAAAAUCUUUGGCUUUUUCGCUAGACUCGAAUCCAGAUGUUUUCUAUUCAGGGUUAGGGUCAUACGAUAAGAGCAUCCGUUGCUGGGACCUGCGGACCGGAGAGACUUUGGCCGCCUUCCAACACGAGGAGCCUGUAGAGUCCAUGGUCAUCGGCUCUGGCUCAAUUUUGUAUUCAGCAGCUGGUUCGAAAAUCUACGGAUGGGAUCUAGUUUCGUCAACGGCCUCAAAAAGCCCGCUCUUUUCUUACACGCCGCACCAGAAGACUAUUACAGCGCUGGUUUAUGACCGAAAAACGAUGUCAAUCCUCACGGGCUCUAUAGAUCACCAUGUGAAGGUGAUUGGUAUUGAUCCUGCGACCGGUGAAUUGAGAACUGAGCGCACUUUUGUUUAUGGAAGCCCCAUCCUGUGUGUUGUACUCAAUGAUGGCGGCAACCGGCUUGCUGUUGGAAUGGCCAGCGGACAAAUCUCAAUUAGGGAGCGAAAGGAAUCUCCCCCUAUCGCUAAAACUGCAACCAAAUCGACGUCGCGAAUUGUGGUGGAAAAGGCCUCUCUUCCAAAAUAUCGGGAAAUCGAUUCCCUGUUGCGCUCAUUUGAUCACAGACGUGCGCUAGAUGUCGCUAUUGCCUCGCCGUCUGCCUCUGUUUUGGCGCUCUUGUUUGAAGAAUUUGCAAGGCGAGGCGUGCUUUUGGCAGUAUUUUCCGGAAGGUCUCUGGAAUAUUUGAAACGCCUCUCACUAGUGCUACUGCAAUAUUCGACAGAUCCUCAUCAUGCGCCCAUCAUGAUACGAUCUCUACAAGUACUUGUUGACUUUUUGGAGUCCUUUUCGAUUAAAAACCCCGUUGAGCGUCAGAGCAUUCUUGAUUUGCUUUCAAAGUUCCGUGUUAGGAUACAAAAUGAGCUUGCUCUUCAAGAAGAGGUUUCCGCCGUCUCUGGUGUCCUGGAACUCCUGCUGGCCAACACCACGUCGGGCUAG